AUGUUUGCUGAUGACAUCACGUCCGUCCUGGGCUUCCUGAUCGAUCAUGACUCAAGGCUGAGCACCCCCGCUCACUCCGGCCGGAUCCGCCCCGCCCACCCGGCCGCCCUGCCGGUGGCCUCUCCGCUCACCGGCCCGGCCCCACCCACGCCAGCCCUCCCCUUCGCCGUCGCCCCGCCUACCCCGGCCCGCGGCCCCGCCCACCCACCAGACCCGCCCUCCUCAGGUAGGGCCGCCCUGCCUGCCCCGCGGCGUCAGUUCGCUUCUCCUCAGCUCUUCGAGGGCGGCGGUGGCGGCAGCGGUCGCGGCACAGCAAGUUUUAAUAUUUUGACGGCGGUUGCGGCGCGCGCCAGCACUCUCCGGCCGACUGCCGUGGAGGCGGCCGACCCUCGAGGGCCCCUUAGCCGCGCCCCCGCGCUCCCGCCGCCCGAGUCGGACGGCCACGAGGCUCCGCCGCGUCCUCCCGCGCUCGCCGGCUCGGCGGCUGCAGCCAUGUCGCGGGGCCCAGAGGAGGUCAGCCAGCUCACCGAGAGCACCUACCGGAAUGUUGUGGAACAGUUCAAUCCUGGGCUGCGAAAUUUAAUAAACCUAGGAAAAAAUUAUGAAAAAGCUGUUAAUGCUAUGAUCCUGGCAGGAAAAGCCUACUACGAUGGCGUGGCCAAGAUUGGUGAGAUUGCCACCGGGUCCCUCGUGUCGAUGGAGCUGGGGCAUGUUCUCAUAGAGAUUUCGAAUACACACAAGAAACUCAAUGACAGCCUUGACGAAAAUUUCAAAAAAUUCCAUAAAGAAAUUAUACGUGAGCUGGAGAAGAAGACAGAACUUGAUGUAAAAUAUAUGAAUGCAACCCUAAAACGAUACCGAGCAGAACACAGAAACAAGUUAGAUUCUUUGGAGAAAUCUCAAGCUGAGUUGAAGAAGAUCAAAAGGAAAAGUCAAGGAGGACGGAACGCACUCAAAUAUGAACACAAAGAAAUUGAGUAUGUGGAAACUGUUACUUCUCGUCAGAGUGAAAUCCAGCAAUUUAUUGCAGAUGGUUGCAAAGAAGCUCUGCUUGAAGAAAAAAGGCGCUUCUGUUUUUUGGUUGACAAACACUGCAGUUUUGCAAAUCACAUACAUCGUUAUCACUUACAGUCUGCAGAAUUACUUAAUGCGAAACUGCCCUGGUGGCAGGAGACCUGUGGUGAUGCCACCAAAGUGCCAGAGAAGAUCAUUAACAUGAUAGACGAGAUAAAGACCCCAAUCUCUACCCCAAUAUCCGGAACGCCUCAACCCUCACCAAUGAUCGAGAGAAGCAACAUGGUUGGGAAAGAUUAUGACACCCUUUCUAAACAGUUGCCAAAGAUGCCCCCAGCUCCUUCAACCAAAGCCUAUACUAGUCCUCUGAUUGAUAUGUUUAAUAACCCAGCAACAGUUGCACAGAAUUCAGAAAGGAUAAAUAAUUCAACAGAUUCUUCCGAGGAUCCCAGUUUACAGCGAUCAGUGUCUGUUGCAACUGGACUGAACCUGAUGAAAAAGCAGAAAGUGAAAACCAUUUUUCCGCACACUGCUGGCAGCAACAAGACCCUGCUUAGCUUUGCACAGGGAGAUGUCAUCACGCUGCUCAUCCCCGAGGAGAAGGACGGCUGGCUUUACGGGGAGCACGACACCACCAAGGUGAGAGGUUGGUUCCCAUCGUCAUACACAAAGUUGCUGGAAGAAAAUGCAAUGGAAGCAGUGGCUGUGCCCACGCCAAGUCCUGCACCUGUGAGAAGCAUCAGCACGGUGAACUUAUCUGAGAAAAGUAGUGUUGUCAUUCCCCCACCAGAUUAUUUAGAAUGUGUGUCCACAGGAGCAGCUGCAGAUAAGAGAGCAGAGAUUUCCAAAAACACUUCUACCUUUAAAGCUCCAACGUCCAAACCAGAAGUCCUACCUCCUAAUGAUGCCAACGGGACUGCAAAGCCGCCUUUUCUAAGUGGAGAAAACCCCUUUGCUACUGUGAAACUCCGACCGACAGUGACGAACGACCGGUCAGCUCCGAUCAUCCGGUGAAAAGGCGGCCGGAGCACCGGGCUCCUCCGUUACCCUCCCCUCCAGAAGAUAGGUACACGUUGCCUCCCCGAGAAGGCGCUGCAGCCCUGUGACGCUCUACCUGAGGAAGCCUGAUUUUAAAUGCAUUCUAAUUGAGCAGAUCGACGCAUUUUCUCAGUUUCACACAGUUGGGUUUACACAUUUGUCUUUAAGAAGAUAAAAUAGUUUCAUGACCAACUCAAUAUUUAAAAUCUUUUCUUCCUAUUCUGUUCAGUGAAUUUGGUUCCAAUCCUUACUGUAUCAUUUUUUAACAUUCUAUGAUUUUUUUUUUAAUGUCAGCCAGAAUAAGGGCUAGUCUAUGCUUGACUGGUUUUAUGUACCCAAAUGCAGAUGAAACCAUAGCAUUCUUUAUUUUAUUAAUAAGCACAUGCUCUGAAGUAGCAUUAUGAUAUUUAUCUAAAGAAAAAUACUGUGCAAGUUUGCAUCUUAGCAUGCAAAUCGUAAUCUUAAGCAAUAUAAAUUAUGAAGAUAUGUAAAAUUUAAAAAUUUUUUAACUUAAUUUUAAAUUUUUGUUUAAUCAAAUAUAGAGCUACCCAAGAUGGAGAACUCCCAAACUUUCCUGCGACUUAGACGUAGCUGAGACAUUCUGCCUAGCCUAUUUAGUGCUUAUCAUUUCCAAGACCUAGGACUCGCCAGCUGGGUUUACUAGUAAGAAGCAUACACCACCCCGAACCUCGGCUGCACAUCGGGGCUGGUGCAUGCCGGGUGCACUUGCUGAGCUAGGAGGUUCCAUGUCUAGGCCGAGAUACUACACACUCGGCACCUGUGCUGCUGUACUGGUGGCACGGGUGCCCAAGAGGUGGCUGCCUUCUGCUCUGGCUGGUGGCCUGUGAGAAGGGGCCCACUAGUGGGAAGGAGUUUGCUAGCCCCAUUCUGAAUGAGUGGAGAAUUGUGAUUAAAAUUCACACCCCGGCCACUCACUGGAGGGAAGCAGUAAGUGCCGCC